GGUGGGGCCUCGCUCCCUCGGGGCGUGGCCUGUGGAAUCUCAGAACCCGGCUACUCGAGGCCGGCGCGGGUCUCCCGGCGCGGGGUUCCUCCCACGCAGCCUCCCAUUCAAAAGAUGCCGAAGGGGCGGCGCGGCCGCCAGAGCCCCACGAUGAGCCAGCGGCCAGCCCCGCCCCUCUAUUUCCCGUCCCUCUACGACCGCGGGAUCUCCACGUCCCCGCUGAGCGACUUCAACAUCUGGAAGAAGCUCUUUGUACCGCUGAAGGCGGGCGGGGCGGCGGGGGGCCGGCCCCUGCCCCAGGCGCCCCCGGCGCCGAUGCCCCUGCCGCCGCCCCCGGGCCUGGGUCCCCCCAGCGAGCGCCCCUGCCCCCCGCCCUGGCCCUCUGGCCUGGCCUCCAUCCCCUACGAGCCUCUGCGCUUCUUCUACUCGCCGCCGCCGGGGCCCGAGGCGGCUGCCUCGCCUCUGACCCCUGGCCCCACCACCUCCCGGCUCGUCUCUGCCUCCCACCCCGAGGAGCUGUGCGAACUGGAGAUCCGGAUUAAGGAGCUGGAGCUGCUCACCAUCACUGGGGAUGGCUUCGACUCCCAGCGCUAUAAGUUCUUGAAGGCGCUGAAAGAUGAGAAGUUACAAGGACUGAAGACCAGGCAGCCUGGAAAGAAGUCAGCCUCUUUCUCCUGAGGAGCUGCCCACCAGAGCCCGGGCAGCCACCUCCUUAGGUGUUAGUGCUUAGAUAAUGUGUCCUGUUUGUUGUCAUUUCAAAAAUUGUUAUUUUCUGUUCAGUAUUUACUGCUGUUCUUGUUGCUCCCAGCAUGUACUCCACAUACAGUGCCCACGUACGCGGUAAA